GGUAUCAGAGCCUCGGCUUUGCCACUGCUGCCAAAGCCACGAUCCAGCGUUCCCUUUUUUUUUCCCUCUUUCUCGGUGUUCACCAGGCCCUCCCUCCCCUCUGUCGGUUUUCACCAGAGAAAAAAAAAAGGAAUCUCUCUCUUUCUCUCUCGGUUCAAACCAGAGGAGAAAGGAAAACCCCUUUGCAGGUACCCUGUUCCCGUGGCCACCCGUCACCGCGCUCGCGGCCACCGCUUCUAUCCCUCACCGCCGACAACACCAGCGCCGCCGCUUUGAUUCGCUGCCGGAGGUCACCGUGACCCCACGGAAACCCGCCGUCCUGGCGUCAACCGUGUGGCAACCGUCCUGACGGAGGAAGUUUUCGGCCGCGACCCCUGUGGCCACCGUCCGUGGCCAGAUCCGGGAGUGGGACACCGCUCUUCCUCUCCGUCGCCGUCCUAACGCCUCCCUCCGCCGCUACAACCCGAGUCGCCCGCGUCUGCCGCCAAUCGCCUGCAUCGGGCCCACAGAGGAGACCGCCGCCGGGAAACCCGAGAUCGGCUGCCACCGUUGCCGCCGAGCCGCGGCCGCGACCUCCGCCCCGCCUGCAGCCGCCGCCGUGAAGAUCGACGCCCUCCCGAAUUCGUCGGGAGGUUGAAGAAAGAAUCAGGGUAACGGGUAAGUUCUCAACCCGUUAACCCACAACCCGGUAACCCGGGUCCAAAAAAAAAACCGUGCACGUGAACUGCACGUGCUGACGUUAACGGGUAUCGGAGCGGGUUGCGUUCUAAAAACCCGAAUCCGAUGACCCGAACCCGAAAGGGUUCCAAAAAAAAAAAGCAAAAAGGAAAGGGUACCUGUUCAUCUUCCCCGAUCGUCUGCCCGCCGCUGUUGUCGUCGCCCCGCCGCCGCUGCCGCUGUCGUGGCUCCUCCGCCGCCGUCUUCGCCGAACCGCUGAGGUGUCGCCGCUCCCUCACGGUGCUUCCCCGUCGCCGAGCGCCGUCGUCUCCGAGCCCCUCCUUCUCCUCCGUCGUCCACCGCCCGAGCCGCCGGUGCCCGAGCCGACGCCACCAUCCCGCCGGGGCCCGAGCCGACGCCACCAUCCUGCCGGGGCUCGAGCUGACGCCGACGGCCUCCUCAUACAUCCCCUCCCAUUUUCCUCACCACCGGCCGACUCCACAGGCCGCACGCCGCCCUCCUUCCGCCGCCCACUCCUCCUCACGGUCCGACUGCCCCGCCGUGUACCUCUCCCCAUCUUUUGCACCGCUGCCGCACCCCUCCACCACUCACCACCGCCUCCUCAUCCACAGCUCACCGCCCUCCCUUUCCCCCUCAUCCCUUUUCUUCUUCGCCCAUUGCAACUCACCCGAGCACCUCUCUAUCGACCCCAGACAGGCCCCUUUUGGGCCGGGCCACCCACUGCCUCCUCACAGGCCCAAGCCAGCAGGCCCUAACUACAGAGGCCUGAUCCCAUCUCACAAACUCAGCAGGUCCACUCUCCUCCAUUUUACAAGCCCAGCAGACUAGCCAAAGUGCUGUGAUCAGAUCCAAAUAGAAGCCAAUUGAAGCCAAUUGAAAAGAUCCAUCAGCUGCAACCGCGCACCGAUCGUCGCCCAGCCCACGAGCACACAUCCUGGUCGCCUACUUCACGACAGGAAUUCUUUCUUUCCACGGAUGACAACUAGAUUUUGGAGGUGGUAUGCCGAUAGGCUGUUCUACAAGUGGGAAAAGACUGUUCUUUGGGAUAUGGUGGAGCCCUACAGGCGCCCGAGAUCCUUCACACCUCUUAUAACGGUCUAUGCAGCUGCCUUCUACACUGGCGUUGUAGGAUCCGCAAUAACGGAGCAACUGUAUAAGGAAAAAUAUUGGGAAGAUCAUCCAGGUGAAGCAGUACCUAUUAUGAAGCCAAAAUUCUAUUGGGGCCCUUGGAGGAUAAUGCAGGGAGAUGUUCCAAAAUAGUAAAUGUUGUGGGAGAGCUGAAGUUCACCUUGAUAUCUAAUGUGAUCCCCUUUAAAUGAUAGAAGCCGAUUGCAGUUGCAAUAUGGGAAACUACAUUUUAUUAAAAUUGUCAAAAAAAAGGGUAUUAUGAGUCUUUUGUUUUCUCUUUGCUGAUAUGAAAAUAAUGGUUAACUACAUUUUUUGAAAAUUGUCAAGGCCCUUGUCUUCAUUUUUUUCUGAUUGUCUGUAUUGUUCGGAGCAAUCUCUCCUUUCUAUGAUGACUGGUAUUACCCAUGUUUUGGAUGGACAUGCUGCUUUCUCCACCCUUGCUAAUGCUCGGAUCAUGGGAUUGAUUUUUAAUGGGAAUUCCAGGGAUCUUGUAAGUUAACUAGGAGCAACAGAACCAAUAUUGGUAAAUUAUUAUAUUAUGGAGCACUUUAGUAUGCUGAGCAGCAUUAUUUGAUAUAGAGGUGAAAGAUGUAUCCAAGAAUUGGACUUCUGAUUAUCUGUGGGCAAAGAGUGGUGCAAUUGUGAACAGUUAAGUCUCCAGUGAAAAAAUCUUGGUGGAAUUUAGAGCUGAAAGUUGGGGAGGUUGAGACACGCCUGAACAUACCAAUGGAGGCAGUACUUUCAAUUAUUUGACUCUAGUGAUGCCUCAACGUACCCACAGUGCUAUCCGAUUGUCCUAGCAGAUGAAUUCAUCAACUAUAUUUGGCACUCAAAUAUAGGAGGCCAAUUGAACCAGGGAUAUUGUCGCUAAAAGAGAUGUGUCAUCGUGGAUGUGCAAACUUUGACUUACAAUCAUUGCAGCUCCCAGAAAUCACAUUUUUUACACGGGCAUCCUCCUCCGCCUCCGACGCCGACCUCCACUCCCCCCACCGCUCCUUCCCCUCCGUCCUCCUCCUGGUCGUCGCUGACCACCACCUCAUCUUCUUGGAUGCCUGCGUUCGCUCCCCACGCCGCCGCCAACCCCGUCUCCUACCUCUGCGACAGCCGCCUCUAUCACCACCUUGCCUCCUCCGACAUCCUCCACGACCCCGCCCCCCCCCUCCGCGGCGGGCUCCACCUCCGCCCCUUCCUCGCCGGCGACUCCUCCUUCCCCUUCCUCCCCUUUCUCCUCCGGCUCCUUCUCCUCCUCCUCCCCCAACCCCAACCCCGUCCAUGACGCCUUUGACGCCGCCCUCGCCAAGCCCGUGCCAUCUCCGUCGAGCUGGCGUCGCCCUCCUCAAGGGCCAGUGGAAGAUCCUCCGCAACUUCAACGUCAUGCUCGACCAUGCCGCGCAGACCAUCGUCGCUUGCGUCGUGCUGCACAACAUGUGCCAGAUUGCCGGGGAGCCCGAGGACGAGGGCAAGUACCUGUGGCAGGAUCCGACGGAGGCCCCGCAGCCCGCCUAGCCGCUGGAGAGUGAGCGGUCUCUGUAUUACCUUGGGGAGAGCCUGCGGCAAGCCUUGGUGGGUGAUCUCUAGGAGAAGCAGCAGAGGUUGUCGGGGACGAGGUCACAUCAGGAUGUCAACUGAGGAAGUAUUUGGGAUCAAAUGCUCUCAAAAGCAUCUCAGCGUAACUCUCUCUCUAUGUAUAUAAAGAGACGGAGAGGAAAGUGGUCCAUUCGCAGAAGGAAAAAAGGAAAUGAAGGCAUAGAACAUAUAUGCACACAUGCCUGCAUGCAAGAAUUCAUGUAUCAGUGUAUUGCUAAGAAUGGAGCAAAAGACAAUGAAUUCAUCUCAGAUUUCAUCUCAUAUGGGCAUCUUGCGCAUUUUCAUUGAGCAGAUAAUCCAUCACCAUCAUGCCAAUUAGAAAGGGCUGAAGAAAUGUGGGCUGGGCCAAGUUACUGAUUCUGAAAUUUAUGCUGACCUGAGUAUUGGCACCAAUUGCUUGAAGAUCUGCUCAACCAAUUGCCAAGUUUAGAUUUGUUCUUCUGACAUGUGGAUCUAUGCAUAUCGACAGGCUGGUCCAGCAGCCUCUCUUUCGGCUAGAUUGGGAUUUCAUUCUGUAGUCUUCCAGUGCAAGAUUUAAAUUCUCUAAAUGAAAAAAUGUUAACCCAACCUAGCCUAAUCCUCUUGUCACUUUUAUGAUGGUGUGGUCGUAGGGUUACUGCAAUAGUUAUCAUUAGUUUUGGUAUGCAUGCAAACCCUUAAAUAUCAUCGUUUUGUUUUUGCUUACCACCUCAGAAUUUGCUGGUUGAUUUGAGAAAGCUGUUUUGCCAUUGCAAUGUGUUGCAGAGGAUGUUGGCUGAGAUUUGAACUUUCAAAAGAAUGUCUUUAUUUGAUAGUGAAAUACCAAUAGCAA